AUUACUUCGAGUAAAAAACAUGUAUAUUAUGUACAUAUGAAUUAUUUUUAAAACAAUGAAAUGCCGACCAAAAAGUGCACGAUGCCCGGUAAAAAAAUCUAAUUUGUAAAAAGGUAACUCGACAGGAACUGGAAACCAGUGUAGUGCGCGAGAGAAAAAUUAUAAAAAUUGAUGUGAUUGAUAUAUUAUGCCUGCGCCAGCAAUGUUCUCGAAAUUCAAGAGUAGCGGAGCCGUGCAGAGCCCAUUGGAAACCAAUCCUAUAGGACAGUACUUCGAAAUUGGCAAGCCCAUUGCCAGUGCCGGACCGGAAUUGGUCUGGAGGAUACACGAUGCGUACAGAAAAAGCGAUGGAAAGGAAUGCUCCGUUUUCCUAUUUGAAAAACGCCAAGCCGAAAAACUCCACAAACCGAAACGAAAGGAAACGGUGACAGAAAUUUUGCGUGCUUCAGUCCGUCAGUUGGAGCGAUUCAGGCACCCGAAAAUUUUGCACGUGCUCCACCCCAUUGAAGAAUGCUCGGAAACUCUGGCGUUCGCCUCCGAAGCGGUUUACUCGUCGUUGGCCAACAUACUGGCCUUUCAUCAAGAGGCCCACUCCAACCACGGCGGCAUCAACCCGAUGCAGGCCCAACAGCCCACGCCUAAGCCCAUGUUCGCCAGAGAGUACAAUUUCUUGGAUAUAGAAUACAAAUAUGGGAUAUUACAGAUAACGGAGGCUCUAUCCUUCCUGCACUAUUCGGGACACGUGCUGCACAGAAACGUGUGUCCUGCCAGUAUUUUGGUCACAAAGAAAGGAACGUGGAAACUGGCCGGAUUGGAAUUCACUGAGAGGGUAAAUGAUGUGGAUGGAAUCGAACCAGUUCAGUGCCAACCGUGGACAUCACGACUUUCUAAAAUGGCACAACCAAACUUGGAUUACACAGCCCCAGAAACACAGACGCAGUCGGUGUGCAGCAUCUUGAGCGACAUGUUUUCGUUGGGAAUGGUAAUCUGUGCAAUCUUCAACCACGGUAAACCGCUCAUUCAGGCCGCCAAUUCCAGUUCCGCCUAUCUGAAACAACUAGAGCUGUUAGAGGACCAAGUUCAUAACAUGAAGCCAAGGUUACCGUUGCCACUUCAGGAUGCUACAGUCCGACUUUUGAGCAAGGACACUAGACAACGACCGACCGCACAAUUACUCACCCUCAUUAAGUAUUUCAGUGAUACAGCGGUCCAUGCUUUGCAGUUCCUCGAUGUGAUAAACAUGAAGGAUCCUACUCAGAAGAAUCACUUUUACAGGAAUACUUUGAAAGACGCUCUUCCUGGAAUUCCUAAGAAAUUAUGGUACCAACACGUAUGGCCAUCACUUCAGCAAGAGAUGCGAACCCAAGAAGUGCUAGCUGCGGUCUUGCAACCGGUCUUAUAUUUAAUUCAAGAGGCCACGAUAGAGGAAUAUGAGUCCAUUAUCCUUCCGUCCUUUAGGGGUGUAUUCCAGGCCCCAAAAUCGGUCCAGGCGACCGUCACACUUUUAGAAAAUUUGCACAUAAUAUUAGAGAAAACCCCAAGAGACGACAUCAGAACUGAAGUACUACCAAUGUUGUACAACGCGUUCGAAAGUACCACCAUCCAAGUACAGAGUGCGGCUUUGGUGGCCGUGACCAACGUUUCGGAAUGCCUGGACGAGACGGCCAUUCGCAGGAUGAUCCUGCCCAAAACCAAGGUGAUCUACGAGAAAAACCAGGGCGACAUGAAAAUCGUGUCGAACGUGCUGUCCUGCGUGGAGAGGACCCUGGACCGGCUGGACAAGGGUCAAAUCAUUGACGAGGUGUUGCCCCUCCUCUACGACAUAAAACUGUCCGAUCCCCAGAUCACCCUUAGGGUCGUGAAUAUUUAUCGGUUGAUGCUGAGCGACAAACGUUACGGAUUGUCUGUGAAUUUGAUGGCGACGAAGGUGAUGCCCUCCCUCCUUCCCCAAACCGUCAACCCGUCACUCAACCUGGAACAAUUCACAAUUCUGAUCGAAGUCCUGCAGGAAAUGCUCGACCAAAUCGACAGGAACCAACGUAACAAACUAAAACUAGACAAUCUUUCCCUGCCCAGUCCCGAGAGGCACAGACCGCUCCGCCACCAGUACAGUUCGGACAACAUGCACGUGCCACCGUUCAACAUACCGAACCUGAGGAUCGAGCAGCGCAAGACGUCGAGUGCGGAGGACAUGGCCCGCAAGAACUCCACCGGCAGUGGUAUGCUGGGAGGUUGGUGGUUCGGUGGUUCGCCGUCUUCGCCGGACAGUAACUUCCUGCGGGUCGUGAACGCCUUCCCCAACCGCCGUUUGUCGGACAACACACUGAUGACGCCCAAGAUCCGCAUAGCGCCGUCGUGCGCGUCCAGUCCGGGCGGCACGCCCGGUGGUGGAUUGCCGAUACGACGCCACUCCAGCAUCGGGCCGCAGGAACGCCGAGGAUCUACAGUUAAUCUGUCACCGCCAACGGUACGGUACAGCUCGGUGUCCCGCGAGGGCUCGAGUCUUUCCGUGCCGUCGUCAUACAUUUACGUAGGGGGUUCGAUGCCGAACACGAGCAGUAGCGUCCCGUUCCUGUUGAGCGGCAGUAUGCAGAGCAUCAGGUCGUCGCGGCGACCGUCGGCGGUGCUGGGCGGGUCGCAGGGCUCUGGCUCCGGCCUGCUGCAGCAGCUCGGCUCCGGCAUGUACCAACUCUUCGCCGGACGUCAGUAAGCAGCCAAACGAUGCCGACGACCCAAAAACACUCGCACUCAUUUCGCGAUUUCUCAUUCCCUCCUCCUUUAGUUACCACCCUUGGAUUAUCCGGAUCUAUUGGAUACUUUGGAUAUUUUUGGUUCUCACCGAGGACCGGAAGUGGCAAUCCCACCAGCGACAAUCACGGACGAUCGCAGUGCCGCACGACCCCAACGGUGACG